GGGCAGCACUAGUAUAGGACAUGUGCUAAUAAGCAUUGACGGUUUUGUGGUUUUUAUUUGGUGGUUUGUGACUGUGUUGUGAUGUUGCUUGGAGUGAUGCCCGAAGAUAACGUCCCUGUUGGGUUGAUGGCGCCCACGGGAAAGAGCCAAAGGGCCACGGACUUUUCGAUAGCCGCGAUUAUGGCUAGAGGUGCUUCCCAACCGGAGUGUGAGAGGGAAUCGCCAAGCGACGGUAGACUAUCGCUUUCGACUUGUCCCGAUUUGGACGAAACGUUAGACGACGAUGUCGAAGUAGACGUAGAAGAAUGCUCAGACAGCGAAUCUUCUAGGCAACCCAAACAAAAACUAAUGAGGCACAGUCCAACUAUAUCCGAUUGUUGCUCAGAAACUGCUGAUCUGGAUCGAGAAUCUCCAGAUAUAGUCGCGGAAAAAGUCACGUCUACUAAGGCACAAAAAAUAUUAUGUAAUUGUGAGGAACUUUUGAACGUGGAGUGUCACUUGGAAACGAAGGAUCUUUGGGACAAAUUUCACGACUUGGGCACUGAGAUGAUCAUCACGAAAACAGGAAGGAGGAUGUUCCCCACUCUGAGGGUAUCGUUCACCGGCAUAAGGUCUGACCAACGUUACGCAGUACUCUUGGACGUAGUACCUGUAGACAACAAGCGUUACAGGUACGCGUACCAUCGAUCGUCCUGGUUGGUAGCAGGAAAAGCGGACCCCCCUGCCCCAAACAGGCUGUACGCGCAUCCUGAUUCGCCUUAUUCGGGAGAGCAGCUCAGGAAGCAAGUCGUCUCAUUCGAGAAGGUCAAGCUGACCAACAAUGAGAUGGAUAAAAACGGACAAAUCGUCCUUAACUCGAUGCACCGAUACCAGCCGAGAAUCCAUUUGGUGAAGUGGAAAGAGCAUUCCGGGGCUAUCGUCGAUCUGGAACAGGAGCAGUAUCGAACGUUCAUUUUUCCAGAGACCGUUUUCACGGCAGUAACCGCCUAUCAAAAUCAGCUCAUCACGAAAUUGAAAAUCGAUUCGAAUCCGUUCGCCAAGGGCUUCAGGGAUUCUUCUCGACUCACGGACUUUGACAGAGAGCCAAUGGACAGUCUCUUCAUGGACCAGCACUUCCUCCGCUCCUCCCUACGCCUCUACUCUGGAGACCCCCUGGACGCCGAAAACAACAACGCCAACUCCUUCUUCUCAGCAGCGAUGGUCGAGAAGGCCCGAGCCCAGAUCCAGAUGUGGGGGCGAGCGGGGGGGCCCUACAGCCCCAACGACCUGCACGCCUUUCUGCUCAACAGCUCCCCGUCGAACCAACAGGUGUACCUCAGCCAGCGCCCCUCGGUGCCUCUGGGAAUCACGCAGCUGUGGCCGCAGAGCGCAGCUUCGUGGCAAUCCUCGAUGCACGCGGGGCUUCUGGGCCCCCCUAGCGCUCAUCGACCCCAAAUCACCCCUCCUCCUUCGUCCACCCCUAGUUCCUCGGGCUCCCCCUCGCCCACUUCUGUCAGCGCCUCCUCGGAUAUGCGGCUGCCGAAGGCUAUUUUCCCAACGGCGCUGAGGUUUAGUCCUUACGCGCCUAUUGCUAGGGCGACAGGGUCUUCGAUUAGCCCUUCUAGGUCUAAUCAUUGAUGUUGAGGGUGCUAUAUCUGCUUGCCUCAGUGAGUAACCAAAGAGUCUUGUGAGACGUUAAAAUUUGAACAUAACUUUGUAAAUAGGUAGGUAUCUAAUACAGGGUGUUUAUAAAUGUGACAUGGCGAUAAAGAUAAGAUAAGGUAGACCUGUCAGCUCUUUGUCAUAUUUCCUCUUUCAAUAGCUAGGUCUACAUUUCAUAUAUUUUUCAGAGAUCUUCGAAGGAUAGAGUUGCCUUUGUUGCCACUAAGACGGAUACUGUACUGUUUCGGCCAAACAGGCUUCAUCAGUUAUUGUGUUGACAAUUAUUGGGGAAACGGUUUCAUUUUUGUAAAUAUUAUUCUUCAGCAACCCCCGAGUUAUUCUUCAGAUGAAUUAUUUUGAUUAGAAAAUCACAUUCUAAAUGUUAGAUUCUAUGUCGCCCUGUAUAGUCGGAUUAAUUUAUUGAAUGGGAGCUAGAUAGUGAUAUUUUAAUUUGUAUGUAUGUGUAAUUAUGAAGUUUUUGUACAAGAACAGUAUUAAUGUAUAUAUCCAUUAUUUUUGGUGUUUCAGUUCUCGCGAGAGAACGCAUACAAUGUUCCUUGUUCCAUAGAUGGAUUUGGCGAAAUGAUUGUAGAGAAUAUAUAUCAGUCUUAGAUCACUUAGACACAACAAAACAUUAUUGGGAUUAUUUCAUGACUUUUGUAAUCAUUUCUCUGAAAUGGGCACUAGUUGUUAUGUAUUUUGUAACCAGCUGUAAAUUUAAAAGUUAUAUAAGUACACUUGAUGUCAAUUAUUGUUUUAUCGGACUAUCAUUAUUUCUCUUAUAUAAAAUUAUGUUGGACAUUUGUUGUUGUUGUAAAUAUAUACCUGUCAGUGGUCUGUAAAAUCUAAUGAA